CGCUUCCCCCAAAAUGGCCGCCAAUUCGAAUGUUGUUCACAAAAGAGGAUUGCUUCCAUUUUCUUGAUCUACAGAGAAGAGGAGAACAAAAGAGACAUACAGUCAGAUCAGAUCUGUCCUAACUGACCUUCUCGCUUUCAUUUUAGUACAAGUUUUAACUCUCUCAUUUCAAACAGGAGGCGGAGUUUUUCACUAGUCACACCCCAAAACCUCUGUGAGUCUCUCUCUUUUGGCUUUAACAACCUAGCCACCCUCUCCCCCUCUCUUUUCCUUCUCUCUCUGAUAUCAACACUUAUUCUCAGACCUCCCCGAAGCCUUUAAUUAUGUCUGAAGUCCCAGUCUUAGACAGUAAAGUCUUAGCACAGCAAUUCAAAGAUCAUUCUGUCCCCCUUGUCUGUCCUUACUGUAAAAAAGAGUACAAGAGUCUUCCUGGUAUUUUAUAUCAUAUUGGACAGUUUAGAGGUGUGACAAAACGUCCUCGCUGCAUGGUUGGUGGUGAUACCCCAACCAGAGGUGGUACUCCCCCCGUCCGUACUCCUUCCUCUCCGAUGUCCUCUCGUAAAAAGACUCCAAAGAGAGAGGCACUCACGUGGGCUGAGUCGCAGCGUUUUGUCGAGUUUGAGCUUGAUUACGAGUAUCAUCGGGUUGAGAUCGACUCUCACGUUUCACUGGCCAAAGACUCCGCCUCUUUCCCUGCCUAUUUUGGAGACAACGAUUCAAAAAAUGAUGGCAAAUCUCAGUCUGAUGCUGUCUCCUCGUCCACCUCCCACACUCCUAAAAGAAGAUCGAAAGGUGCUAACGCCACUCCUUCUAAUAAAUCCUCGUCCAAGAGCGCUAGCAAGAGACGCUCUAAGUUAAAGAACACGCCACACGGUGAAACCCCAGCGAAUCAAGCCGUUCAAAUACCUGAAGCCAUUUUUACUCAUGUUGAUGCUGCUGAGGUACAAGAUGCUCCGCCCAGAGACUCUGUGUACUAUCGAUUCAUAGAGCAGUCCAGUGAAGAGCUUGAUGAGAUGGUGGAGUAUGAUAUGGACGAGGAGGACUACCAGUGGCUGUCACUGAUCAACGAAGAGAGAAAGAGCGAAGGACUUACUUCAGUACCUCAAGAAGCUUUUGAGCUGUUGAUGGAUCGACUAGAGAAAGAGUGUGUCUUUGAGAGCCACGUGACAGGGAAUGGAACGGAAUCAACUAAUCCAUAUAACAUAGACGAGAAUGCUGUCUGCUGUAUAUGUAACGAUGGAGAGUGCCACAACACUAACGCUAUUCUCUUUUGUGAUAUGUGUAAUCUAGCAGUUCACCAAGAGUGCUAUGGUGUACCGUACAUACCAGAGGGACAAUGGCUCUGUAGACGCUGCUUACAAUCACCAUCCCGUAGCGUCGACUGCGUCCUGUGUCCCAAUAAAGGCGGGGCUUUUAAACAGACGAUCGAUGGACGCUGGUCGCACGUCAUAUGUGGUCUAUGGAUACCGGAGAUACAAUUUGCUAAUCCGGUCUUCCUAGAACCAAUUGAUGGUAUCAAUGACGUUCCUUCUGCCCGCUGGAAGCUACUCUGUUAUAUCUGUCGCAAGAGGACUGGUGCCUGUAUUCAGUGUGCCAAAGCAAACUGCUAUGUUGCUUUUCAUGUAACGUGCGCCCAACAAGCUAACCUCUGCAUGAAGAUAGAGAUGGGGAAGAAUGGCGACAUUUGUAAGUCUGCUUUCUGUGAUAGCCACACUCCUCUCUCUGCCCGUAAGAAGCUCAUGGAGAGUAUUAAGAAUAUUGAGAGUGCCGAGGAGUCAGAGAGAGAGGAGAGCGUUCAGACUCCGUUGACUGGAGGGAGUGAGAAUACAGGGACAGAUGGUGGUGGAGGAGGAGGAGAGGAGCUCUGCAAGAAGGGAAAGAGUGAGAGCAAAGUUGUAAAGAGGGCAAGGAAGAUAUUGGAGCAGCAACGAGUCACACAAGCACCAGUUGUUAAUAUACCCUACAUACCACAACACAGAUUGGAUAGGAUCAUCACCAGGGUAUCGUUACACAAGAAAGCUCAAUUCAUUCCUAAACUUGUCAGUUACUGGAAACUUAAGAGACAGUCUCGUAACGGAGUCCCUUUCCUUCGACGAUUACAAGCAUCAAAUAAAGGACAGAAGACCACAGUUGCCAUUAAUUUAUCUGAGGAAGAGAGAGAAGCCCUUACCGAGCAGUUGAGUCUUUGGAAGACUUUACGACACGACCUUGAGAGAGCUCGUAUGCUAGUGGAACUAGUUAGGAAGAGAGAGAAACUGAAGAGAGAACAAUUGAGGAUGUCUGAGGAAGCAUUCAGGUUACGCUUGACUCCGCUUGAAAUGAUAAUGAAGAGACUUCUCACUAGACUAGCUGCCAAGGACCCUGCUGAUAUAUUUGCUGAACCAGUUCCACUGGAUGAUGUACCUGAUUACUUAGACGUUAUAAAAUGUCCCAUGGAUUUCAGUACAAUGCGUUCAAAACUCGACUCCCAUCAAUAUAAGAGUUUGGAAGAGUUUGAGUCCGACUUGAAACUGGUCUGGAACAAUGCCAUGACUUAUAAUCAGAAAGACACCAUUUAUUACAGAGCAGCUGUGAGGAUCAGAGAUGUUGCUAAACGUAUAUUAGACCAAGCUUAUGGUCAGAUAAAGUCGGCUGGUAUCAACAAGUCAACGGGUCUUCAUGAUCCUGAUGUAGAGGAACCACCUCCUCUCACACCUAACACUGUCGCUGCUGUAAGAGCAAUGGACAUGUUUGGAAAAGAUGGAGAAUAUGGUGACAAUAAUGACGAGACUUGCUGUAGACUAGACUUUACAAGAGAGAGACACAACAGCACCACACUGGAUGAGCAGGUGGAAUAUCUGGAGGAGCAACUUAGCGUAAUGGAGUCACAAGGAAAAAGACCUCGUAAAACAACAAAAGAGAAGCAAUUAAGAAAGGAAUUGAAUUCAUUGAAGAGGCAAAUUAAACUCAGAGACAAAGCAAAUGAUCCUGAUGCUACGUCACCUCCAAGGCGGAGACCUGCCCCGUCUGCUCCAGCAACACAAGAUGCCGAAGGCCUUGCUAGUCAACUAUUACACGGUAGCCUAAGAUUGACUGACUCCAGGAGAGCCAUCUUGUCAUCCUCUGGAAUAAAAUUUGACGAGAGAGUAAAGACUAAGCUAGAGAGAGAGGAGAGAGAGGAAGAAGAAAGACUAGUAGCUGAGGAAGAGGAGAGAGAGGAGGCAGAGGAAGAGGGGAGCAGUUUAGACGAUCUAACUGUUCCGGUAUCUUCCCCUCGAAAUACACGAAAGAGGAAAGACAGCUCAGGGAGGGGAGGGAGUGAUAGUGACAAUCCAAUAUCUAAACGAAGAAGAAAGUCUUCAGGGAAGCAGCAGCUGUUCCCUCCCCAAUCUUCCAGUUCCUCUAAGAGUUUGAACGGACUCACCAACGGUAUCCAGAGAAUGCCAGAGCCACUUGAAUUGGUGUGGGCCAAGUGUAGGGGCUAUCCCUCCUACCCAGCACUGGUAAUUGAUCCUGAAAUGCCCUCAGAAGGAUUAAGAGUUAACGGUGAAUUUAUACAAGCACCGUCAGACGACGUGUUAGAACAUAAAGACAAGAACCCACAGAAUACAAUACUAGUACGAUUCUUUGAUGGAAGAAGAUCUUGGCAAUGGCUGCAUCCAACCAAACUUGACUCGCUAGGUAUAAAUAAGGACUUUGACCACUCACAGCUUGGAGCUAGUGGAGCCAGCAAGAGAUCUGUACAGCAGGCAUAUGAGAGAGCAAUGAGAUAUCACAGAAAAGUAAUCCAAUCGUCUCACCUUAUAGAUGAUGAAUCAGACUGUAGUAGCAGCACAUAG